CUCCUAUAAAUCAACUCUUCCACACCAGCUAUGUUUGCCCAACUGAAGACCCUCAGGGCCCUUUUUGAAUUAUCUCUCUCCCCCCUCCUCCUCCUCCUCCAUCAAUGGCUACUACAUCUUCUAGAAGGUCCAGCGCAGCUGUUCUACCUGUCUCCUCCCCUUUCCAGUGCUCCCCUCCACCGAUUAUGGCCUCCUCCGACCCAUCCCCUUUCACCUCUCCACCCCCCACAUACUACUCUGUUUCUUCCUCUCACUCGCAUGCUUUCUUCAGCCAACGCCGUUCAGCCUCUCCCACGCGCGUCGCCCUCCACGCGCUCUCCCCCCCUCCUCCCACCCCCUCCGUUCGUUUCUCUAUUUACAGAUCCAUUUCUCCCCGCCGCUCUAUCGCCGCCCCGCCCCCUCCCAACCCCCUCCUUCAGAGGACUAACGCCAGUAAUAUUCCCAAGAGGACGUGCUUGUGCUCCCCCACUACCCAUCCUGGUUCCUUUCGCUGUGCUUUGCAUAAAAACAGUUUCGGAGGCGGUGCUCGGAAUCACUCCAUUCCCUACUCUCCCAACCGCUUGAACAUGAGGAGAUCGGCGAUGACGAAUUCUCUGGUCAGGAUCGGUACGGUUGAAGGAGAUUUGGUGAAGCGAGCUUUAGCAGCUCUGAUUCGUCCCUCGUCGCAUCAGCAGCGCCGUCGAGCCGACUUCCAGCCUCGAUCCAGCCGUCUUUCAGUCAUGUCCAGAGCCGAGGAUCUCUGAUGAAACGACAAUUUGCAGGUUUGGUUAUUCGAUUCCGUUAAAAGUUUUCACAUCUACGGCGAAGGCAUCCCGUUCUAUGCGAGCGACGAGGUCGGAUGUCCGGCGGCUUUUUGUACGCCGGCCAGCGGCGAAGACGAUUUCUAAGCAAUUUUGGAAACGACAGGGGAAGCCGAUCUGUUCUCUCGUUUGUACAUAAUGAUUUGGGAAAUGAAGGACAUAUUGGAUAAUUAGAACAA